AUGGUAUCCCACAUGAAGCUGUAUCUCUUCGGAGACCAAACCUUUGAGGUCCAACCUCACUUACAGCACCUCCUCCAGAAGCGCGACAAUCUCUUCCUUCAUGAGUUUCUGAACCAGAGCUACAACGCCCUCCGUGCUGAACUCUUCAAAAUCCCGUUUAGUAUCAGAAAGGAUCUCCCGCGGUUCACGUGCCAGGAGGAUCUCCUUCUCUGGGAUCAGAGUGGCCCGCGAUGUGUGGCGCUUGAUAUGGCGAUGACGACGUUGUAUCAGCUUGGUACAUUCAUUAGUCAAGCGGGUAUCUCUUCGUAUGAUGCGCAAAAUACAAGGGUAGUUGGUCUCUGCACCGGCGCUUUCGCAGCUGCGGCUGUGAGUUGCAGUAGCUUCACAGCAGAUCUGAUCCCUAUGGCUGUGUCAUCCGUGGUCGCGGCUUUCCGAACAGGUCUUCUCGUUACUGAUACAGCCCGACGAGUUGAUCCAGGCCAAGACUUGAACAGGAGCUGGGCUCUUCUUGUCCCGGGUCAAAAGGCAGCCAAAGCCUUCCAGGAGUUCUGGGAUGCCAACGACGGCGGUGUCUUGACUAGCAUGCCUUAUAUCAGUGCCUAUGCACCAAAUGGCAUAACCGUUAGCGGACCGCCUCAGCGUCUUAGCGACCUUGCGCAGUGGCUUUCUUCCAAAAGCAUUACGUCCAAAGCCAUUCCCAUCUAUGGCGCUUACCACGCACCGCAUCUGUACUCUCAGAAAGAUGCCCGACGGAUCGUUGAUGGUUUGAUGCUUAACAAGGCCGUGUCACCAUCUGAACAGAUUCCUCUUCUCUCCAGCACGGGGUCUAAGCCUGAAGAGCGAAGCUUCGCGAUACUUUUGGAAGAUGCGAUCGCUCAAGCUCUUCUUCAUCCUCUACGCUGGAGCUCGAUCUUUGAUGAUGUCCAAGCUGCUCUUGAGACUACUGGGUCUCAGCAGUUUACUGUUCAGUCGAUUGGUUCGAAUGCUGAGCAUUUGAUCUACACUGCUCUCAAGAAGACGUCUCUUCGGUAUCUCGUUCCAGAGACUACCGUGCCCAGCCAACCAACCAGUGUUCCUAGCGUUCCUGACGCUGGCACGAGUAAGCCAAAGCUUGCUAUCGUCGCGAUGUCCGGCCGCUUCCCCGGUGCAAAGGAUAACGAAGCCUACUGGGAUCUUCUCUACAAAGGCCUCGACGUGCACAAGCCCGUUCCAAGUCUUCGCUGGGAUCAGCAAACACACGUCGAUCCUACCGGCGCAGCAAAGAACACAAGCGCUACUCCGUUUGGUUGCUGGCUAGAUGAUCCUUCUGAGUUCGACGCUCGCUUCUUCAACAUUUCUCCCCGUGAAGCUCCUCAGAUUGAUCCCGCGCAGAGGUUAGCUCUCAUGACAGCUUAUGAAGCGAUUGAACAAGCCGGUAUUGUCCCUGAUGCCACGCCAUCUACUCGACCUGAUCGUGUUGGUAUCUUCUACGGUGUCACUAGCAACGACUGGAUGGAAACGAACAGCGCUCAAAACAUCGACACAUAUUUCAUCCCCGGCGGAAACCGAGCUUUCAUUCCCGGCCGCAUCAACUAUUUCUUCAAGUUCAGCGGUCCCAGCUACGCCGUCGACACAGCGUGUUCAUCAUCCCUCGCCGGUAUCCAUCUAGCCUGCAAUGCCCUCUGGCAAGGCGACGUCGACACUGCCAUCGCCGGCGGUACGAAUGUCUUGACCAACCCAGAUUACCACGCUGGUCUUGACAGGGGACACUUUCUCUCACGCACAGGAAACUGUAAGACCUUUGAUGAUGGGGCUGAUGGGUACUGUCGCGGUGAAGGUGUAGCGACUAUUAUUAUCAAGAGGCUUGAUGAUGCGAUUGCGGAGAAUGAUCCGAUCUUGGGCGUUGUUCUUGGGGCGUAUACGAAUCAUUCUGCUGAGUCGGAGUCGAUUACACGGCCGCAUGUUGGUGCGCAGCGGGUCAUCUUUAACAAGAUCUUGAACGAGGCUGCUGUUGAUCCUUAUUCUGUCAGUUACGUCGAAAUGCAUGGAACCGGUACGCAAGCUGGCGAUGCAACCGAGAUGUCCAGUGUCCUCGAGACUUUUGCACCUCCUCUAGCAGAAGGCAAAGUCGCCCGCCCAGACUCCCAGAAGCUCUACAUCGGCUCAGCGAAAGCAAAUAUCGGCCACGGAGAAGCUGCUUCUGGUGUCUGCAGUGUGAUCAAGGUUCUUCAAAUGCUCAAGAAGGAUACCAUCGUUCCACACUGCGGUAUCAAGAACAAGAUCAAUCAUCGCUUUCCCACUGAUCUCGACCAACGAAACGUUCGAAUUGCCUUGGAACCAACAGGAUGGAAGAAAGGUACAGAGACUAACCCCAGACGUGUCUUUGUCAACAACUUCAGUGCUGCGGGAGGUAACUCCGCGCUGUUGAUCCAGGACGCACCACCUAGAAAACAACUCAUCGCCAGCAGUGACUCUCGUGUUCAAUUCCCCAUCGCCAUCACUGCAAAGAGCGGCGUUUCUCUUCAAGGAAACAUGCGCUCAAUGCUCAAGUUCCUCAGCACAAACCCACACACCUCCCUCGCCGAGCUCUCCUACACCACCACAGCGCGACGCAUCCACCACCAACACCGCAUUCUCGUCCCCGGCGCUACCCCCGAAGAAAUAUGCUCCAAGAUCGAAACAGCUCUUCAGAACAACACUGGCGUCACGCGACCCAAGGCUGCACCAAAGGUAGUCUUUACUUUCACAGGUCAAGGAGCUCAGUACCCUGGAAUGGGAAAACAGCUCUUUGAAGAGAAUGAGUUUGUGCGCAAUGAGCUUCUCUCACUUGAUCGGAUUGCUCAGAAUUUGGGAUUCACUUCGAUGCUUUCUUUCAUUCAAUCUGAUGAGCCUGAUGUCAGCAAGUUUGCGCCUUCACUUGUCCAGCUUGCUAGUGUUUGUCUUCAGAUUACGCUGAGCAAACUCUGGGCGACUUGGGGAAUUACUCCGACUGCUGUUGUGGGACACAGUCUCGGGGAAUAUGCUGCUCUUAACGUUGCUGGUGUUUUGUCGGAUACUGAUACGUUGUUUCUUGUUGGUGGUCGAGCGCAGCUUCUUGAGCAGAAGUGUACUCGCGGUACCCACGCCAUGCUUGUGGGAGAAAACUAUGAGACGGCUUGUAUUAACUCUCCUAUCGAGACUGUUCUUGCUGGUCCGAAUGAGCAGAUCGCCAAGGUCAAGGAACAGCUCACGGCGGCUAGCUUCAAGACCACUCUUCUCAAGGUACCUUACGCUUUCCACUCGUCCCAGUUGGAGCCAGUGGUAUUCGACAUAGAGAAGCUCGCCAAAAAAGUGGCUUUCUCAGAGCCCCGAAUCCCAGUUCUGUGUCCCUUGGAAGGUACUGUCAUCGAGAAUGAGAACCCAUUCAAUGCCUCAUAUCUCGCCCGCCAUUCUCGACAGCCCGUCAACAUGCUCACCGCAUUGACCACUGCUUAUCGUGACGGCUAUCUCAGCGAUCGCUCAAUGGUGCUCGAAGUCGGUCCUCAUCCAGCCGUCUCCGGCAUGGUCAAGCCCACCCUCGGCCAACAGAUCACCUGCGUCGCCUCCCUCCAACGCAGCCGAGCACCCUGGGAUAUGCUCUCCGCAGCGCUCAAGAGUCUUUACGAUGCUGGAGCUAGCAUCAAUUGGGCUGAUUACCAGAGCAACUUCCCUGGCGCACACACUGUCGUGGAUCUUCCGGCCUAUAGCUGGGAUCUCAAGGAGUACUGGAUCCAGUACGUCAACGACUGGUCGCUGCGAAAGGGUGACCCUCCUUUGGUCAUCAACAAUGUGUCCAAGCUUGAGAGCACUACUAUCCACAGUGUUGUUGAGGAGAGCGGUAACUCUAAGAAAACUCAUAUUGUUGUUGAGGCUGAUAUUGCUCGCAAGGAUUUGAGCCCUCUCGUCCAAGGCCAUGAGGUCGACGGGAUCCCUCUCUGCACUCCUUCUGUCUAUGCUGAUAUCGCGCUGAGUCUCGGUAAGUAUCUGCUUGAGAGGUAUCAACCACAGCAGAAGGAUGAUAUGGUAGUAGUCUCGGACAUGACCGUGUAUAAGGCCUUGAUCCUCCGUGGUGAUGGAUCUCGACAGCCUAUCCAGGCCCAUGCUGAUGCAGACUGGUCAUCUCAGUCAGUCUCAAUCAAGUUCAUGUCUUUCGAUAACAAGGGCAAUCUGCAGGAACACUCCGCCUGUGUAGUCCGCUUCAAAGACCGAAGCCAUCAAGACGCCCUCCAGAGCGAAGCCCGCACCAUAAAGCAAAAGAUGCAAAACCUCCGCAACCAAAUCACCACCGGUGAAAGCGCGCGCUUCAAUCGCCCCAUGGCAUACCGCAUGAUCCGUCCCCUCGCCCGCUUCCACGACGACUACCGUGCCAUCGACGAAGUCGUCCUCAACAGCGAAACCCUCGAAGCUUCCAGCAAGAUCAGCUUCGGCACCGUCAAGCGUGAUGGUGACUUCCACACUCAUCCCGCCGUCAUCGAUGCUCUUACUCAGUCUUGUGGCUUUGCUAUGAACUGCAAUGAUCACACUGACAUUGAUGUGGAUGUUUACAUGAACCAUGGCUGGGGGUCACUUGAGCUGUUUGAGCCUUUGGACUUUGAGAAGGAGUAUACUACUUAUACUCAGAUGCAUGCUGGGGAGGAUAAGCUUUGGUAUGGUGAUGUGACGAUCUUUGACCAGGAUAGGGUUGUUGCUUUCUUCGGUCAGAUCGCGAUUCAAGGUGUCCCGCGAAGAGUCCUCAAGGUGAUCCUCUCUAUUGAGAGUGGUAAGAAGGGCCAGCCUCAGCGCCAGACGCAAGACAAACCCCGAACCACUCCCUCACAACCAAAGUCUACCGCCAAGCCAACACAGAACAAACCAGCAGCCAAGGUAGAACCACCAAAGUUCUCUACCGCAGUCCGCAUCAUCUCAGAAGAGAGCGGAAUCGACGUCUCCGACUUCACCGACGGCACAACCUUCUCAGACGUCGGCAUCGACUCCCUCCUUGGUCUUACAAUCUCUGCUCGCUUCCAAGAGGAACUCGACAUUGACCUUGACUUCAACGCUCUCUUCUUCGAACAUCCCACCGUCAAGGAUCUACGAACCUUUCUCGGCGCAGACGAAGAUGUCUCUGGAAGUUCAUCCUCUGCAGCUAGUGAUUCUGGUCGUGACACGACCACCACUGGGAGCGCUACCCCAGAGCUCCAAGAGGAGUUUGCGGAAUCAGCUGAGGUUGAGUUUGAGCGCGCUCUUGAGAUUAUCUCUGAGGAGAGUGGUGUUGCGAGAUCUGAUCUAGAUGACGAGACGAACUUUGCGGAUUGUGGUGUUGAUUCGCUUCUGUCGCUUGUUAUUGCGAGUCGGUUCCAGGAUACGUUUGGGCUGGAUAUUGCGCAUGAGCAGCUGUUUAUGGAGUGUCAGACUGUUGGCGACCUCAAGACCAUGCUGGCGCGGGAGAUGGGUUUGGCUACGCCAGCUUCUAAACCUGCUGCGGUUCCUGCACCUGUUGUCUCCGAAGCUGUCGCGCAAGAAACAGUAGUCACCCAUAGCGACACUUCGAACCUCGCCGCACGUGAACAAGCGAUCACUGAGCUUGUCAACAAGUACACCGCUGGCUUCAAGGCGCCUACUUCAAACCCCAAUGGUCCUUCUCUCGGCAAGAACGAAAACGUCGUCCUCGUCACAGGCGCAUCAGGCGGUUUGGGAAGCCAUCUCGUCUACGCCCUGGCCCAACUCGAAGAAGUCCGCACCAUCAUAUGUCUCAACCGCCCCAACAGAGAAGACGCGACUACCCGCCAGUACAAGGCUAUGAGAGACAAGGGAAUCCGCUUCCCAGAGCAUCUCAAGUCCAAGGUUCGCAUCUUCCAGGCCGAUACCUCGAAGCCCAAGCUUGGAGUUGCCGACAGUGAAUACCAGUCUUUGAUUCAGUCUGUUACGCACAUCAUUCACAAUGCCUGGCCCAUGAGUGCGAAGCGUCCUCUUUCAGGCUUUGAGUCGCAGUUCCAGGUCUUCCGCAAUCUUCUUGAUCUGGGACGUGAGUGUGCUUCUAGUCGUCCUGCAGACUUCAAGUUCAGCUUCCAGAUGAUUUCCUCAAUUGGGGUUGUUGGACAGUGGGGUCUUGCCGCUGGACAGACUGGCAAGAUUGUUGUGCCCGAGGAGAGAACUACCAUUGACUCACUACUGGGUAACGGAUACGCUGAAGCGAAAUGGGGUUGUGAGAGGAUGCUUGAUGAGACUCUCCACAAGUUUACCGAUCGUUUCCGUCCCAUGGUCGUGCGACUUGGUCAGAUCGCUGGAUCCAAGACGAGUGGCUACUGGAACCCCAUGGAGCACUUUGGCUUCCUCAUCAAGUCCUCCCAGACUCUAAACGCUCUUCCUGACGUCGAUGGCAAUCUCAACUGGACUCCUGUCAACGACAUCGCGGAUAGUCUAACCGAUCUCAUCCUCUCCGACCGAACCCCAUACCCAAUCUAUCACAUCGAUAAUCCCAUCGGCCAACAAUGGCGCGAUGUCAACAACAUCCUCUCCGACACCCUUCGCAUUCCCAACAAGGUCCCUUUCAAGCAGUGGCUCGACAUGGUGCGCAAAGCUCCUCAGCAGGAUAACCCCGCUGCUCUGCUCGCCGACUUCCUUGAAGACACAUACCUGCGCAUGGCAUGUGGUGGCCUUGUUCUCGAUGUGAAGCAUUCGCUUGAGCACUCCAAGUCUCUUUCAGCCGUCGGACCUGUUUCCGAGACGGUAGUGAGGAAGUAUAUCCAUAUCUGGAAGGAGAUUGGGUUCUUGAAGACCACGGCAGAGGAUAAGGCUGGGUUUGAGGCUGAGAGGUUGAAGCUUUGGGGACCCAGAGUAUAGGCUUGAUAAGUAUAUUUAUGG